UCUCUCGACUCAUCGCGGAGUGUCUGGAUUCUUCCCACUCCGCAUUUCUCACCAUGUUUGGAUGCCAGUCUGGGUGCGUUGGACGUACGCACUCCAUCCAAAUAUUUAAAAAGAAUACGAAUCUAUUGAACUCUAGUUUAGGAUUGGUGGCCAAGAAACCACACUACCACCCGCCCGUUGACACCCUGUAAAUACCCCGCACAGCCCCAACACUCUCUCAUAGAAAGAUCCGAUAACCGUUUGUGAGAUUUUCGCCUCCAACUUCCGUUUUCGUUUCUUUCGGAGUUUCAAUCAAACAAAGUACAUGGUUGAACUAGAAGUACAGAUUCCCACUGCUUUCGACCCGUUCGCUGACGCCAAAGACUCGGAUGCCCCAGGAACAAAAGGGUAUGUGCAUAUCCGUAUCCAGCAAAGGAACAAGAAGAAGUGUCUGACUACGGUGCAGGGUCUCAAGGAGAACUUCACCUACGAGAAGAUACUCAAGGACAUCAAGAAGCAGUUCUGCUGCAACGGUAAUGUCGUGCAGGACAAGGUUAUGGGCAAGAUAAUCCAACUCCAAGGCGAUCAGCGCAAGAACGUGUCCCAGUUUCUUGUUCAGGCUGGGAUUGUGCAGAAGGAGCAGAUCAAGAUACAUGGUUUUUAAGGAUUUGGUUUGGUAAUAAGAUAAUUCUAGAAGUAUUUUUUAUGAUAUUUGAGUGUUUGUGGGUUUGUAAUUAAGCUAAUAAGAUCAUUCUGGUAGUGAAGCUUUUCUUCACGUAUUUUGGUUUGUUUUCCGCUUGGAUAACUUUGUUUCUCGUCUGAUUUCACGUUUUAUUCAAUGGGAAUUUCGGUGUAUUAUGAUGAA